AUGGAGGUUCCAGAGAACAAAAUGGUGAAGAUGGUUGCUUUCUGUUUGAAAGUUACAACGGCUGUAUGGUGGGAUCAGUUGCAGAAUUCACGACAGAGGCAAGGAAAGCAACUAGUUCGUACAUGGCGAAAGAUGAAGCAGCUUAUGAUGGAUCUGUUCCUACCUACUGAUUAUGAACAAAUUUUGUACUGCAUGUACAUCAGCUGUGCGCAAGGCAAUCGUUCGGUUUUUGAAUAUACUGAAGAGUUUAUGCAUCUAGUGAAACGUAAUCAUUUGACCGAGACCGAAAAUCAAAAGGUUGCAAGGCAUAUUAAUGGCCUGAAAAUUUCCAUUCAAGAAAAAAUUGGUUUGCAAAAUAUGUGGACUUUGCAGGAGGCUAUUAAUAUGGCGUUAAAGGCUGAGCUGUUGGAGAAGGAGAAACGCCAAACUAAUUACCGCAGGAAUACAACGGAACAUUCAGAAGGUGUUGCUUCUUUUCCUAGUGACAAAGGAAAAACACAGUAG